AUGCCCGAAGCCGCUGCAAAGUCUCCCAAGACUCCUCGACGGCUCAAGACUGGAGGCGAGCCCCUUCGUCAGGUGCAAUUCCUGAGCCCAGGCAACAGCGCUGAUACUAAGCCCGCGAUUUCUUCCUCCUCCUCCGCUCCUUUUUCUUCCUCCACCACCACUUCCACCACCAGCAACGGCGAGAGCAUCAACGUCAACACCGCAACUCCCGCGCCCGACAACCAGCCCUCGAGCUUCCCACAACUCGGCGUUGCGCCCAACAGCUCGCUCGCCUCUGACCAGUGGCACACGUCCAUUGACCCGACCCAGAGCGUCAAGUUGCCUGGCCAGCCGUUUGCAGGAGGCUUUGCGGCACCCGGCUUUGCACCUGGCUUCACCUGCGCGCCACCGCAGACUCACUUCAGCCCCUUUUCCGCUCUGCCACAGACUUCUGCUGCUCCCUUCACCACCUACGUCGGAUUCCCUCUCCAGCAUCAGCAUCUGCCUCUGUCUCAGCAUCACUUCACCACCGCCGCAAGCAUGGCCGACUAUCAAAACGCAGCGCCGAUGCCCCAUGGCGUCAACUUCCAGCCUCCAGUGCCCGAUACCACAUUUGGGCCCAUUCCCCACGUCUACGUGCCUCGUUUUGACGGCGGCUUCAUGCCCGCUGCUGUUCAAGUCGGUCUCCCUUCGGUACAGUUUGUUUCCGCCCCUGCUGCCUGCUCCACCACCGUCGUGAUGCCAAAGACGUUUUAUUAUUAUAACAACGGCUUCACUUACUAUGCAAGUCGACCCGCAGCGCAAAUGCUUCCUCUCGAUGUGCAGCCAACCGUUGCCGGCAUCCCAGUCGCGCAGUCCAGCUAUGUUGUUGCUCAGCAGCCUGCCGUCGUCCCCCAGCCCUUCGUCGGCCAACAGCCAGUCAUGAUCGGCGGACAGCCGGCUGCUGCUGCUGCCAUCCCCGUUCACCAAAUGCCUGCUGCUGUUCCCGCCAUGGGUCUGUCUGGCGUCGGCGGCAUGCCCGUCUUUACAGGUAACGGUGGCCAAAUCCCCGAUGUGUCUGGUCUGGGCCGUACUCCUGGCGAAGAGACGGUGCGACAGCACCAGUUUGCCCACGCAAACAAGCUGUUCGAACCGCAGGAGUUUAAGCCGUCGGACGAUGACCCAUCCCGUUUCUACUAUGUUCGCGAAGUUGACGGUAAUUGGACUCAGCGCAACCGAUUUACUAUUGACCACCUGGGUGACUGUCGAUGGUAUGUCACCGACGAGGGCUGGUUCUACGCCGUGCGGAUGCCCAAUUAA